CUGCGAUAAAACAUGGUAAAAACAAAUGUUGUGAGAUGUAAUACAAUGCGUGAAAUAUAAUACAUUUUGUUUUAAAACCAAAAUAAAUUCCUAUUUUCUUUGUUCAUAACAUAACGUACUAUAUCGACUGACUUAUUGAAUCAACAAUCGUGCGAAACAUUUCAAAAAAUAUAAUUUUCUCAUUAUUAGUGUGGCUUUUAAUUGCAUAAAUGGACGGAACGGACACACAUUUGAGACAUUUAGACAAUCACAGCGUUUCCAACAGUUAUCUAUUCAUUGAUAAUCACUAUUGGGAUCUCGAUUUCAACGAUAAUAUCGAUGACCACAAGAAGACAGUGAAACUGUGGAGGACUGAGAGCCGACGAUCGUUGCAUUGGUUCGGCGGUCACUAUUCAAUGGCCAUCGGCUUAUGGAGACCGGGAAACCAAAUCGAAACCUGUAUUUUCGGACUCAUUAAUGCCAACAAAACCAUAAUUGACUUUCGGGUACGGGUGGGACACUCGGGUCGGGAGCACAAAAUCAAAGAGUACCAGAAAGUGAUUGAGACAAACAUCGAGUUUAGUGAUUUCGAUCCCACUAUCGCUUAUGUGCCAAAUCGUGAACAAUAUUCGGGCAAAUAUGUUGUGUUUGUUGAACAAAAACAGUCGGAUACCCAAACGUAUCACUUAAUUAGCAAAGUGUUUGAAUUUGACGACAACUAUAUCGGCGCCGAAGUGUUAAAUACUAGUCUCAGGCAAGAGUUGGAUCCGACAGCUCUCCGAUACUUAGACAACAAAUUGGAUGUCAUGUCGAUUACGGCUCAGGAGGACGAGACGGGCCAAUACGGGCUGAUCGUACUCUUCAGGUUCGACAAUGUU